AUGGAAGAGAACAUGGGAGUGCUAAGCUCGAAGUAUCUUGUACUAAAAGAGUAUGCCAAGAUCGCAGCAGUAAUUCAAGAAAGAUGCGAAGAGGAACAUGAACGAAAGUUACAAAACUCAAAACUCAAAAAGAUUACGUUGCUCCGGAUCUUCCGGACCGAGACUUGGUUAUGUAAAUGCCGGCCCGGGCGUCUCUUCCGAGUCAACUCGAGCGUCGGACAAAUCAUCCUAGUCCCCUUAUGCUUAGAUGUCGACGUUUUCGAUACAUUAAGAACCCAAUACGCGAUACCCGAAUUAAUAAUCACCCGUCCUUUUGGGGGAAAGGAGCACACACCGGACCUCAUUUUCAACUACUCAGCAUCUACAUUUGCGUUUCGAAUUGCCCGUCGUGCAAAACCAGAAGGUGCACCUCUCUUCGACACCCUGCCACUUACACUAAUCCCACUGGUGGUAGAAGAAGACAAUUCUACCGCUCUAAAUGGGUUCCCUCUAGUAUUUGAGGACCAAUAUCUCCAACUUACUUCAGCACUACCUUUGGAUGCGAGUGUCUAUGGCUUAGGUGACAUCAUAGCCUCGUCUGGUUUCAGACGAGAUACUAAAGGGAACAAUACAAACGACGUGGACGCGCGUUACGGCACCCAUUUGUUUUAUCUCAAACACCGCAUGGGUAACGAAUCUUCAUCUCACGGAGUAUUACUACUCAGUACCGCCGGAGAAGGCAUUCUUUUAGUAAUCCCCCAAGACUCGCCGUACAGCGACUUAGUUGGCAGGCCUCUGUGGCAACCCGUGCGGGCUGCGGCCUUUGGCUUUCACUUAUGCAAGUAUGCCCAUACUGGUGGCAUACAAGUUCGCAGGAUAAGAGAAGCCAACAUCCCUUUGGAAGUGAUGUGGUAUGGCAUCGAUUUGUAUCAUGCCGUUCACGAUUUCACAACUGAUCGUGUGACUUACCCGGUAGAGGUUCGUUCAUUCAUUGGAGAGUUGUUUACGUUUCCGAUCUUUCAUUAUAGACACCCUGUUGUCGAUUCUUCCAUCGCAAAAAAAGUCAAUGAAUCUGACGUAUACCUACCUUGCGCCUCUGGCCUUGCUCAAAUUUCCAGGGGUGUCUUCAUAGCAAAGCCAGACGGUCCCGAAUACGUUGGUCAAAUUUUCCCUAAUUGGUUUCAGAACAACACCCGGCAGUGGUGGAUGCAAGCACUGCGAAACUGGUCUUGGAGGGAGUCUGUCUCAGGUCCCAAUGGAAACAUAAUUGUUAACGGAACAUUGACCUUUAUGCCUACUAUCAGCCGUCGAAAGGUCGAUGUCAAUACUCCGCCAUAUGCAAUCCACAACAUCGAAAUGGACAUCCACAACUUGCAGGGCUUGAUGCGAAAGAUAGCCACCUAUCAAGCGCUGAAAAACAUAUUACCUGGGAAGAGGCCGUUUAUAAUCCACCGGUUCACUUUCGCUUCGUCUGGCAAAUGGACUGUAAAUUUCAUGUAUCACAGCAUUCAGAGAAUUUUUCAAUUUCAAUUAUUUCAGGUACCUUUCGUCGGUGCCGAUGCCUGUGUAUUCAACUGGGGUGUUACCAGCGCAUCGAGAACCGCUAUAGCCACUCAUUAUUCUUUGUUACCCUACUGGUUCACCCUAUUCACGAAUGCGUCUUUGUAUGGCACUUCACCUCGGAACUGGUACAAUGACGAGGUGGUCAAUGCGACAUCAGGUGGAAAUGCAAGUCUUUCAGCACCGCCGAGGCAUGUCAACGUUCGCGAUGGAGAAGCUAUCCUUUUCCGUGCAGAAUUAGCAUACACUCUCAAAGAGACACGUCAAGGACCAUACUUGCUACUAGUGUCACUGUCUAAGGAAGGCUUCGCUUCAGGCUCGACCUACUUCGACGACAGCGCGAGUGCACCACUAACUCCGAGCGCGACGUUGGGGCUUGUCAUUACGCUUAUUGGGGACUUCAAUGUGUCGCAGAGACUGCGUUCUGUUACAGUCCUGGAUGUAGGAGCUCGGCCCUCCACUGUGACUCUUGAUGGUCGAGCACUAUUUGGAGUGUUUUAA